CAAACUAGCAACUUCCCUGAAUAAAGAAACCCACCACCACCACCACCACCUCCGCCUAAGAAGAAACCCAGAAACCAAACUUAACCCACAGAAAACCCACAAUGCCUUCAAGACAAGCCUUCCCUCCAAGCUCAAACCCAAGACCCAAAACCAGUGUGAUUUUCCUCACCAUCACCACUUUUGCCUCUGCAGUCAUUCUCUGUGCCAUUCUCUACUUUCUAUACUACCUCUGGUACUCUCUAGUCCACCGCUCUCGCACCAGCCCAUUUGACUCGGUUACACCACUGGUAAAACUCCAAAGAUUCUCCUACAAAGAGCUCAAGUCAGCUACCCAAGGAUUCAGUGAAUCUAAUUCCAUCGGAAAAGGCGGGUCCGGAACAGUUUUCCGGGGAAUUCUCAAGGAUGGAAAAUUGGUAGCUGUUAAGUUGUUGGAUUCAACAUCUUUACAAGCUGAAAGAGAGUUUCAGAAUGAGUUACAGGUACUGGGUGUGUUGAGAUCUCCUCUCAUUGUUUCACUUUUCGGGUAUGGUGUAGAGAAGAACAAAAGAUUACUGGUGUAUGAGUACAUGCCGAACCGUAGCUUACAAGAAUCUCUUUUUUCGGAUUCAAAUUUGGGUUUGAAUUGGGGGAGAAGGUUUGAGAUUAUUCUUGAUAUUGCCAGAGCAUUGGCAUUUUUGCAUUUGGAAUGUGACCCACCAGUGAUUCAUGGGGAUGUGAAGCCUAGUAAUGUUUUGCUUGAUUCAGAGUUCAGGGCAAAGCUUUCAGAUUUUGGGUUGUCAAGGAUGAAGAUUGAGGGUGAAUUUGGGGUUGAUUUGUUCAGUCAAGAUUUGGGUAAGAGUCAGGAGCUGUGGAAAAGCCAAGACCUUUCGGGGAAUUUGGUGGCGAUUGGUGGGGAGAGUGAAACCCCGGCGAUUGGGAAUCCGGUUGAGAGUGCUAAUGAGGUAGAUUUUGCUCUUGCUCUGCAAGCUUCGUGUUCUUCAAAAAAUAGUAGAUUUUGUAACAAUGUGAGAGGUUUAAGCUUCAGUGCAAUGAAUUUUUAUGGCAAUAUUGGGAAUGAGUACGAUUCCAAUAGUAAAAAUGCAAAGGGGAAAGGGGUUUCGAUUCUUGAGAAUGGUGGGGAGGAUUGGAACAAGUUUGUUAAUUAUGAUGAUGAGCUCUCUAGUGUUGAUCAUAGUAAGGAGUUGAAUUUGAAUGCUGGUUUGUUGCCCGAUGAUACAAUGGGAACAAAGCAGUGGGGAAAAGAUUGGUGGUGGAAACAGGAUGGGAGUGGUGAAUUGUGCAGUAAAGAUUAUAUAAUGGAGUGGAUUGGGAGCCAAAUCUGCCCAUCUGCAAAUCCUGAUUGGGAUGAAGAAAAGAAGUGCUCUCAUGAGAAAAAAAUGACUGAUACCUCUACUCGAUUAGAUACCUUUGAAGAAGUGAAUGAAAUGCAUUUACAAGAACCUGGGAUGGAGUAUCAUAAUAAGAGGUUUGGAAAGGCAGAAUCAAGGAGAUGGAACAUCCAUAAAACGAAGCACAAGAAGAUGCAAGAAUGGUGGAAAGAAGAGCACCUUGAUGAGCUAAGCAAGAAGAAUAAUAAGCUGAACAAGCUUGAAACUAAGUGUAAGAAGCGCUUAAGAAUGCCACAUUUUGAUUUGGGUAAACGAUUUCAGUUCAGGACAUGGAGAAAAUCCAGGCAACUGAAUGUAAAUAAGGGUGAUCCCAAUAUGGAGUUCAGUUUUAGGAGGGGUUGGAAGAAAAAGAAUGCCCAUUCUGUUGGGAGUGAUAUGUGGAGUGGAGAUCUUUUUAGUCGGGAGUUAAGCAGCACAACAAGCAUGAGAGGGACUCUGUGCUAUGUUGCACCAGAAUAUGGUGGAUGUGGGUACUUGAUGGAGAAGGCUGACAUUUACAGCCUAGGAGUUCUGAUCCUUGUGAUUGUGUCCGGUAGAAGGCCAUUACAUGUUCUUUCGUCGCCCAUGAAGCUUGAGAAAGCAAACUUGAUAAGCUGGUGUCGACAAUUGGCUCACGCUGGUAAUCUAUUAGAACUUGUAGAUGAGAGAAUGAAAGAUGAGUACAAUAAGGACCAGGCAAGCUUGUGUAUUAACCUGGCGCUUGCUUGCUUACAGAAAAUGCCUGAGUUGCGACCAGACAUAGAGGAUAUUGUUAAGGUUUUGAAAGGGGAGAUGGAUCUUCCAUCAAUACCAUUUGAGUUUUCUCCAUCUCCACCUUCCAAAUUAUUGAGCAGGUCAAGGAGAAAACAAAAGAUGAAUGCUGAAUAGUGAAUUAGAUUUAGAAUAUCCACCUGAUCUUACUUCUCUUUUUCGUGUCCAGAAGGGAGGAACAGAUGCUGUUUCUAAAAAGGCUUGUUUCUUGGAGAAACGGUGUGUAGUGAGAAUUAUGAUGUUGUAAUGUAAAUGAAAUGAAUGCUUUCUUUCCAAGAUGUUCAUUUUCUGCUCUUUGUUUUGCACUCCUACUUCAUUUUUAGUUAUUGUUUUCGUUUUUCGUUGGUUAGCAUUUAUCUAAGGAAUUGAACAUGAGGUUAGACUAGCGGAAAGUUGGGAUCGAUUGUAAUUAGUGGCUGUUGUAAUGUAUGAGAUCCCAUGUUAUCGUUUCCCAGGACUUUUCCCCCAAUCAUAACUGAUUAUAU